AGAGCGUCCUCUAGACAUUGUCUACACUUCAAAUAACCACUGCAAUUCCAACAAAAUGAAACGAGCGGUGUUUGCUCUGUGUGUGGUGUGUGUGCUCUCGGGGAGAAUGGCUGUUUGGACAUCUGCUGAAGUGCCGUCGUCUCUGCGUGUUUUAUCAGUUACUGUUGGCAAAGAGGUAACGCUGAGAUGUAUCAUUGAAGACAGUCCUGCAGCGAUGAUUUACUGGUACAGACAGAAGGUAGGAGAGGAACCGCAGAUGGUGUCAAACUUCUACAAACAUCAAAAGGAGGGCAAGUUGACUGGUGAAUUUGAGAAAAAUCCACGUUUCACUCUGGAAACCUCUGGUAAAAAAAAACAUUUGAAAAUUUCCAAUGUGCAACUUUCAGACACAGCUACUUACUAUUGCGUAAGUGGCUAUUCACUGGUCUUUACGUUUUUGGAGGGCAUCACUGUGAUUGUGGAGGAUUCAAAUUUAAGCGUGCCAGGUCUGGUUUAUCAAUCAGCGUCUAAGAGAAUCCUGCCAGGACAAUCUGUGACUCUCAGAUGUACAGUUCACACAGCUGGAGCCUGUGAUGGAAAGCCCAGAGUUUACUGGUUGAAGAGAGACAAAGAACCUCUCCCUCUCAUUUACACUGAUGAAGUGAGUGAGCAAUGUGAGUCAAACACACAAACACCCAUCUGUGACUACAACUUGCAACUGGAGAGUCUGAAUCUUUCUAAUGCUGGGACCUACUACUGUGCAGUCGUGUCAUGUGGACACAUACUGUUUGGGAAUGGGACUACGGUGGAAAUAGAGGAUGAUGGCCAUUCCCUUGAUUUGAUAUCUGUCCUGAGCGGAGUUUUGGCAUUCACCAGCCUCCUGGUUGUUGUCCUGGCUUGUGCAGCAUACAGAGUCUACAAGACAAAUAGCUCAGACUGGCAAGCAAGACAUGCAGCUGCUGUCACACCAAAUAUGGAGGGUCGCCAAGAUGCAGAUAACCUCCAUUAUGCUGCUUUCAAGGACCCCAAGUGCAGCAGAUUAAGAAGAAGACAAGAUGACAGCGUGAACGAAUGCGUUUACUCAAGUGUAAAGUUGUCAAGCUGAACAUGAUGCACCUCUGUAUGUACUGAAUGUGAAGAAAAUAAAGUGAAAAACAACAACAAUUCAGCCAGUGAGCUGUCGGUGAUGUUUCCACUGUCAUUAAACCUGCCAUGUUGUGUGUCCCUUUGUGUUAUGUGCAAUUACACCAGUGGGAAAGCAAAUGACAUGAUGAUGGCUCUAUUCAGGUCAAGUCAUCAGGACAGUGUGGCCGUGAGGCAGCGAAAUGGAACUCAGCCAACACUCAUUUUGAUUAUUCACACCUGUGCUAUUUUUCUUCUGGUGUAACAUCAAAAUGGCUGCCGUGGAAACUAAGCUAAGUGUUA